CGCCGCUCGUCGCCCUCUGCUUUCCGGUACCCUUUGAUAGCAUUACUGCCGCUCAAGAUACGCUCCGGGCCAACCCGUCGCGAAGGCUUGCCGACGCUACUCUCGUCUGAACAUCCGAGGUGCCAAGAGCUCCCGUGCAUCUCAGCCCACAAUGCCGGAGCUCAGAGGAAAAGUGGCCCUGAUAACUGGUGCGUCCUCGGGCAUCGGCGAGAGCACAGCUCUACACUUUGCUUCCCUCGGUUGCUGGCUUUCGCUGACUGCUCGUAACAAGGCGAACCUGGAGAGGGUGGCUGAAGCUUGCUCUCAACAGGGGAUUCCUCGGGACAAGGUGCUCGUCGUACCCGGUGACGUAUCGGUGGAGAAGGAUGUCGCCGAUGUGGUGGAGAAGACCGUAAAGCACUUCGGAAAACUUGAUAUCCUCGUGAACAAUGCAGGAAUCCCCGUGCAAAAGUCCAUUCAAGAUGCGUCAUUGGAAGAGUUUAACCGAGUUUGGAACACGAACUUUUUAGGUCCACUUUCCAUGAUCAGGAACGCCGUGCCGCAUUUGCGCCAAACAAAAGGCAACAUUGUCAACGUUUCCAGCGUUGCGUCGCUCAUUGUGGUGGAGAACCUGGCGCCGUACUCCAUCAGCAAGGCAGCCCUGGACAACCUGACGCGUUGCGCUGCACUAGAAAAUGCGCCAUAUGGUGUACGUGUGAACGCAAUCAACCCUGCAGUCAUCAAGACGCCUAUAAUCAAACACCCAGCAAUGAGCAUGGAUGACCACAUAAAGCUGUUACAAGAAACGACCGCUCAAGGGCACGCACUGGGACGAGUAGGAGAGCCAGAAGAGGUGGCGCGCUGUAUCGCCUUCCUGGCAUCCGACGAUGCCUCCUUCGUUACAGGCAUCACGAUGCCUGUCGACGGGGGCAUGCUCCUCCUCUCCAGCUUGCACCCUCCCACACCGCAGCUGGAAAGCCUGAAGACAGCGUGAGAGGCCUGGCAAAGCGUCAUCCUCAGGCACACUGGUGGUAUGAUGAACUAUGUAACGACAGUCAUUUUAGCCCAAUAAACUGCUUGGCUCACAUUGAAA